CUUUUCUGUAAUCUUCACUUCGGGAACCUGUAGGUCCUAGAUCGAAACGAAGGCACUGGCACUCGGAGACGAAGCGUUUUCGCUUGUUGUUUAUUGAGACUGCGCCCUUCUGCUAUAAAACACCAACAUCGGUCUUAAAAAACAUUGCAUAACUUCACCCAGUUAACAGGACAAGCCAAAGCAACAUCCGACUUCCAGUGCCUUCAACAACAUGCAGCAAUCUCUUUUUAUGCAUCAGUAAACGCGAUUGGCCAACUUCUGUACGUAUUUCUGUGUAAGAUGCGGCUGCCUCGCUUGCUUCUGCAGUUGGCGGGAGUCAUCGUAGCGCUGCACGCACCCGCAGUCCUAGCAGCUCGCUCUGUCAGUAUAGAUGAAGUAGCGGGCGAGCGCCCUUCUGGCCCGACAGUGGACACGGAGGGCAGCAUCGUGUGUUUUGUUGUUCGCACCUACUGGGGCCACGGCGACACUUGGGGGGACAAGUCCCUGCGCCGCAUCCUUGCGUCGCUCCAGAACCAAACUGUGGGCAGCUGGGAGGCGCUGCUUAUCGUCAUGGACAAUAGGCCCUUUCCGGAGCUCCGCAAGAUUGUGCGGGAGGCCAAUGACUCGCGGAUAUGGGUCCACGCGGAAUGGAUCAACUACAAGUAUGCGCCUAAGGAGGGGGGCACGUGGGCGCCAAACUACCACAACAAGCUAUACAACCUCACAGAUAUGGCCGUGCGCGCUUGCCCCGAUAACUCACGCUGGGUAGUCAUCACCAACGGUGAUAACCUGUACGACUCCCGGUUUGUGGAGACGAUCUACUCAGCGCCGCCUGACAUGGACGCGGUGGCAGUGGACUUCUACAGCCGCUACCAGCGCCCCACAGCUGAACCAUGCGAGCGCUUUGAGGAGGGCGAGGGCGUGCCGCCGUGUAAGGAGAACGGCAUGCGCUUCUGCCAGACUGACCUGGCGGCCAACGCCUACAAGCUGCAGCGGCUGCUGGCUGAGGACCGGCGCUUCGGGCUGGUGGACCCGGGCGGCACACACGGCGCAAAUGACGGCAUCAUGGCGCAACUGCUCAAGACGGCGGGGUGGAAGAUCCACUAUGUCCAUGGGCGCUGCCUGAUCAACCACGCCCCCAGCCCGCAGCAGUGUGCGCUCAACGGCGGCGUGUGGGACGAUAGCGUCAUGGCGGCGGCAAGUAGCUUUGGCGGCUCCUGCGUCAGCGCCAAGAAUGUGAUUGAGAGGAUGCGCACAAACCCGGAUGCCUACGAGCUCCUGGAGUUGAAUGUGACAUAUGAUCGCAAUAGUUUUGCGUAUGCGGACCACCCGUUCAUUGAGCUGCGCUGUCUGCGCCUGGCGAACCGGUCCAUGUGGUACCAGGCAGAAACCUUUGGCCGCGUGUGCGCCGCACGCAUUGACGUGCCGCAGCUACCGGCAAACCUGCCUCCGCACCCGUGGGACGCCUGGGUUCCCAUCUUCGAAUCAACUCCGGAUGAUAUUAACGCCCAGCUCCCGCCUUUAGCGGGCACCGAGUCAGCUGAGGAUGACGGCGACGAAGGCGCGGAUCAGUGGCAUCAUGUGGUUGAAGACGGGAGCAGCGGCAAUGACCACACAGAGCUUUAGGCACCUGGGGCCCAUGGUUGGGUGCAUUUUCGGGGCAUUGUAUGUGUGUGUGGUGUGUGCGCGUGUGUGUGGUGUGUGUGCGUGUGCGUGUGUAUGUGUGUGCGCGUGGGCGUGUGAAGGUGAUGUCAAGUUAGUAGGCGCAGCACAACCUCUGCAUCUCUGUGUUGCUUGCUUUAGCGAGGCAUGGCGUGAGUGUGCAGCAUAAGCUUAAUCCUCUUAUCAUGAUCAUGUUAAGAGUUCGGCUGUCGGUGGGCACUGAGCAUGGGGCACUGCAUGCUUAGCGUUUUCGUGCCUAGUGACGUGGCUCUGAUACUGCGACGGUGGCCCGUAUGAAAUGACAAGUGUUCCCCGGUCAAGGGGAGGUGCACAGAGGGGCCGUACGUACUGUCAUUGCAACCUUCGGACGCAGCACCGGCGGGUUAUUAUGUGCAUGUGUGUGCUAGCUAGGGGUACGUGGUGCUAGGUGCAGUGCGUGGGAGUGUGACAGGUCGUGAUGGGAAGGCGCGGUGUGCGUGUGCGUAGAGGGGGCGGGCGUGCUGCCACUGCUACUUGCCACAGGACGCAGCACUGGCGGAUUGUGUGCGCAUGUGUGCUAGGAGGUAGUCUUAUGACGCCGACCCACGGCUUAGGUGAGCAGCGCGAGCGUUUGCGGUGAGCCGGGCCUGGGGUUCCUCCCCUCUCCGGAGGCGAGGAGCAUGGGGGUCCUUCGGGGAUCUCUCCUCGGGUGAGCGUGCGUGUCUCGUACGUUUUUGGGGCCCUGGCUUCGUCCGCGGCUGUCGUCCCACAUGUAGCCUCUGUCAGCUUGGAUAUGAAUUGAAAACUCAGUUUGUUACAUAGGUGCCAGGUGUUACCUUAUGGCGCGGCUCUGGUGGGCUACGGUUUAGCGGACUCGUGUAUGGUACGUAGCUUUGGUGGACGGGCUGACAGCCACGCCAGGGGGCGGCCAUGGGAGGACGGUUUCUCGUGACCCAUAUUGGUCCCUCUAAACAGGGGUGCGGCAUGUCCCUGCGGCCGGAAUGUGAGGGAAUGGGGCUGCCCUGUUGUAACAUCGCAUCGAU